AUGGGAGACAAGAGCAAAAUUAAAACGGGAAAUCUUGAAGCUAAUGUUAUGGAGGAAAGCGAACUGUCAAAGAGAUUAGGUCGCAUUAAAAGACAAACGGACUAUUUUGUAAGCAAAAUUGAAUCGGAACAAACCGCUUUGGCUAAGAGAUUUUUAAGUCAUCUAAAAAGAAGCACGAGGAUAGCUGAAGAGAAAGAGGCUAUGGAAAGAACCUUUAAAUCUAUGCGAUGGAAUCUUGCUUUUGAUAGUCAGAAUUCUGGACAUCUAAUGACAAGCUCAAGAAAGUUUGGAACACGGAGGGAACUCGAAUGCCAGGAAUUGAAGCAGGAUCAUGGUGUAUCUAGUGAAAAAUUAUUAUUUGACAAAAACCCAUCGCAUGUGUUAAAAAGAAUGAGUCAGCAGUUUGAAGUGCCUUACAAAAAGAUUUACUCGUUUAACACAAGUGAGUCAGACAGACCUGCGACUGUCUUAGACAUGCGCUGUAAGAUGUGGCAACGAAUCUCGUUCUGCGGAGAUAAGAAGGAACGAGCGAAAAGUGCUUGCCCUCCGUGGACGAAAAAUUAUAAGGCGCCGAGACACAUUCAACUCGCUCACUAUCGGGCGUUAAAACAUAUAGGCAUGAAGACGAACCUAGUGAGCGCUCCAAGCAGACAGCCUGAAAUUGAUGUCGAGGCUUUAGCAAAUUACCGUAGCCGAGAAAAUGAGGUUGAAAAACGAGUUAUUUCUCGAUUCAACGAAAGUCUGGAACCUUACAAGAUACGGCCGGGUCCAAAUCAAAUCGUUUACGAUACAAGCAAACUCUACGGAGAAUUGGCGAAGCUCAAUUACAGACUUAAGAAAUAA